UAUAUUAUAUUAUAUUGUUGAGUGAUGUUUAGUAAAAUAUUGAAUUCAAAUUAGAUGACUAUAAAAUCCCUGUCUUUAGGGUAUAUGGUUCCAAUGAACUGAGAAGAUGAAAAUGAGGGAAAGUGAUAGCAUUGAGAGAAGGUUUGAGUUAAAAUAUUGUUCAGCUGAGAAGUUGUAUGGAUUCUUAAGGAACCAUUUGGGGGAUUUGGUGAAUAUGUUUCCUGAUGUUUACAAAACCAUUGAGGUCGUUGAGGGACAAACUUUCUGUGCUGGAAGUGUUGUACAUUUUCAGUACCACCUUGGAGAUGAAGUUGUAUCAGAAAAAUGGUUAAUAAAAGUUGUGGAUGAUGCUACAAAAUGCAUAAUCUUUGAAGCUGUUGAAGGAGAUAUGCUAAAUUAUUACAAAAUGCUUAGAGCAAAGAUGGAAGCUUUUAAUGGAAGAUCAAACAAAAUAGGAGAAAGCUUUGGAAAAUGGACUGUUGAGUUUGAAAAGGCUUAUGAAAAUGUGCCUAAACCUAAAACCCACAUGGAUUUGUUUGUCGAAAUGUCCAAAGCCAUCGAUGCUUAUUAUCUUUCCAACAACUGAAAACCCCUAAAACAGGUUAAAUCUUACAUAAAAUAUUUGGAUGCCUUUUAUAUUAUGUAUAUGUGGGCUAUGUCAAUAUUAAGAAUGCUUGUUAGGGUUUGGGGAAAUAUGUGUGUAUUAAAAUAUAUGUAAUUCAAAAUCUAUCUGUGCGUGGGAGUGUCUCUAUACAUUCUCCAGUAAUAAUGUUGGAUAUAUCCAAACAAAAUGUUUAUUUGAUGAUCAUGCAAAAACUAUGCAAAUGUUGCAAAGUUCAACA